AAAGUUAGAGAGAGAGAGAGAGAGAGAGUCUCUCUCUAAAAGAGUCACAACCUUAACCUUACAUUGGAUCGUAUUUCCCUAUAUUUCUUCCCUGUCUUUCUUUUCCACGCUAUUCCCGCCACUUCUCACACAAUUCCAUUUUUCUUCCAAUCUCUGUUCUCUUUUUUCUUCUUUCAGAAUAUUGUAAUUAUAACAAUUAAUUAAUUAACUAAUAUUCUUCUUUCUGCUAAUUCCAUUUCACAUCUUCUUAGCUCUUUAUUGCAUUCAUUCGUUGUUGAUCUUCUUUCAAAUGGAUGAGUUCGGCGUGUUGACCGAAAGGUUUGGACUCAAGCCGCAAGGGAAAUCGGCUCCAAUGGCGUCAUCAAAGUCGCCCCCAAAUGUCCGCGAUUCCCGAACAUCGACGUUUGGGACCAAUUCCGGUCUGAGCCACAAAUCUUCCCUCAACGGAUCCAGAUCUCACCAAAAUUCCGAUUUCGCUUUUGAUUACGGAGUUUUCUCCAGCAGCGAUAGCAGAGCGCACCGUUUUGGGGGUCACGACGGUGGCAUUGAUGAUAUUUUCGGCGGAAACGUUAAAUCGAAUGUCGGCAACGGCGAUUCGUUCGACUACGAUUCGUUAUUCUCGGGAUCCAAUAAACCGAUUUCCACGUCGUCGUCGCGUGUUUAUGUGGAUGACAUAUUCGGUGGAAUGCGUGAGCAGAGUGCUGGUGUUGAUGAUCUACUUGGUAAGAUUGGUGGGUUAAAUGUAAACGCUAAAAGUUCGAACGCGAAAGCACCUGAUUUUGAUGAUUUGAUACCUGGAUUUGGUGGGAGCAGUGUUUCAAAUAAUGGUAGAGGAAGUGUUGAGAUGAAGAAACCAACUAUUACUUCAAACAAACCUAGUGUGUCCUCUCAUAGUGAUCCAUUUUUAAUAUUUGAAACCGGUUCGAGCACGGCGUCCUCAGAAUCAUUUCUGGACUCACUAGGAGAGAUAAGUAAGUCUAGUAAUUCUAAAGGUACAACAAGAGGCAGCUCUAAUACUACCUCCCCAUCACUGAGGUCUCCACCCAAGCCAAUGAGUAAAGUUAGCAACUCAAGUAGGUCAUCAAUAGAUGAGCUUGAGGAUUUUGCCAUGGGCCGGGUGCAGACUAAUGCUCGUAGUAUAAAGACCAAUAUUAACACUAGGGAGAGCAAACAAAACUCGGCUAAGAUCAACAACGGUAAAAGAGCUCCAGCUGCCAAAGUGAAUCAGUCCAAUGGCAUGGAUGAUCUUGAAUCCUUUUUCAGCAUGGGUUCUCGAUCAAGCAGUGUACCAAAGUCAAGGACUGCCACUGUGGAUCAUAUGUAUGAUAACCAAAUGAACAACAAAGGGAAACCCGAGGUGUCACAAAGAGUGCCAUCUGGGUCCUCGGCAAGCGUGAAGAAACCUUCAGUGAUGACAUCUCUUGAUGACCUGUCACUGAUUUUUGGAGCUUCCCCAUCAUCUGAAUUCAAGGAAAUGGAAGGGGAAACUGAAGAAAGACGAAGAGCGAGGUUGGGACGUCAUCAGCGAACACAAGAGCGAGCGUUAAAAGCAGUGGCUGAUAUGAACCAACGUGACCUUCAAACUAAGAUGGAGCAAGAAGAGAGGCGGAGAAUUGCUGAUACUGUGGAUGCUAAGAUAAAACGAUGGGCUGCAGGGAAAGAAGGCAAUAUGCGGGCAUUGCUAUCAACAGUACAAUAUGUUCUUUGGCCAGAAUGUGGUUGGCAGCCAGUGUCUCUGACAGAUAUGAUUACUUCUGCUUCGGUUAAAAAAGUUUAUAGAAAAGCAACAUUAUGUAUUCACCCGGAUAAAGUCCAGCAAAAAGGUGCUACUCUGGAACAGAAAUACACAGCAGAGAAGGUUUUCGACAUUCUUAAGGAAGCUUGGACCAAGUUCAAUGCCGAAGAACUUUCUUAGAUCCCUCAGCUAAAGUCUUUGCAAAAUCGAUAGAUCUAUUUUGGACAUGCACAGUUUCGGUUUAGGGCUAUUCGCUUGCCUAGCUGGUGCCUGAUAUAUUUGUUUUUGUGCCGUUGAAGAUAACUGCAUGAAUAUUUCGUGGCAUCAUUUGGCAGCCGAUUCUUUCUCCUAAUGAUGUUGACGCUCUACUGUAAGUUAUCAUAUCUUGUAAGUAAUAAUGUUGAUUGAUUCUGGUCAAUGUACAAAUUUUAAAUGCUCAAUGCCUCCCUAGAAUUCAGUCAGCCCGUCCAAAUUGUGAUGAGAAGACUUUAUCUUAUAUUUAGAUUAUUGGAUAUGCACAGCUGCACGCAUAAUAUAAUUUGUGGGAAUGAGUUUUAUAUGCUUGUAGCUAGGUUUUUGUACGAAGAGAAAUGUUUUAAGUGAUUUUUUUCAUUUAAAUCAAGGAUUUUGCUUGUGAUUUUACUUUCUUUUAUAUUUAUAUUUCAUUUUGUGACAAGUUGUUUUUCUUCUUCGCCAAACUCAAUGGUACCCACAAAAAUUAUUUAUAAUGAAUAGGAUUUUUAUCCAUGUAAAAGAUCUGUGUCUCGGUAUGAGUAAUUACUACAUAUUUUUGUGAGU